AUGGAGAGCAAAUACUUCUACUUCGACCUCGACUAUUACGGGGUGAGCUUCUAUGAGGAAGAAAUACUGACUGAAUCUCAGCAGAGGGCUGCAGCAGCAGCAGCCCGUUGCCGUUUUGGAAGAGGUGUGAGAGUCCUGCAUGAGCUUGGCCAGGAUGACCACCUGAGCUUUAAAUAUGAGCAAAGCUACAGCUAUGAAACGAAGAAGGAAUCGCAAGCCCGUCCCAAUGAACCUGGGAAAGCAGCUGGAGCAGUCCCUCGUCGCUCCAACAGGCAAAUAAAACACCACAAGUUCACCUAUGCCCAACUGUGUGAACUGGAGAAGGCUUUCCAGGAGACCCAGUAUCCUGAUGCGCACCAAAGAAAGGCACUUGCAGACCUCAUUCAUGUGGACGAAUGCAAGGUGAAGGCUUGGUUUAAAAAUAAGAGAGCUAAAAACAGGAAAAAACAUAAGGAGUUACUACUCAGCAAUGCUACAUCUGGUACCUCGAACAACUUUUCUGCUCAGAUGAAUGAAGACCCCAAGAGUAGUACCUCUGUUCCUGAGGAGCCAAUAGGGUUCAUCAUGUGCCAGCAACAUCUUGGCAAAUCCUGCUGGUCAUAA